AUGGAAUCCAGAACGAGCAAUAUGGCAUGUGAUAUAUGUCGCCGCGGGCAUCAUCCGAAGAAACUUCCCUUCUAUUGCGCUAUGGAUGCCCGGAACGCGCUUUAUGAAGGGCGGAUGGCCUAUGCCAGUACCAUGAUCGAGAUGGAUGAACUUGAACAGCGAGGAUCUGCUCUGGUGGCUGCCUGCGAGCCGAGCAACACGACCAGCGCAUCGGAUCGCACACGUUCCUACGUCGAAGGCUGUACUGCAAAGCAACAGAUGGCCAUCAAACGCACGACGGAGAUUAUUUCAGCGGCGGAAAAGUUGCAGCAGGAUAUCGACCAGGCCAGGAAAGAGAUCGAGCAGCGCAAAGCCGCGAUAGCACGGCGGAAAGCUGAUCUUGCUACUGCUUCGCAAGGCAUUACUGCGAGAAGGAACCGAGAAUUUGAAGAGACGAAAACGUCCAUUAGAAAACUCAAAUAUCAUUGGGACCGAGAACACGAAGCCACUGCACAAUAUCGUGCCGCGCUAUGCGCCGAGGUUGCCAAGUUGUACAGGCUCCAGCGCGUAAAGAAAGGAAAUCCUAAUCGAUAUGAAUACAAAAUUGGAGGCCUGGAAGUCGUUGAUCUACAUCUAUUGAACAGCACGCAUCCUGAACAUAUAUCAGCAUCCUUGGGGCACAUAGCACAUUUAUUGUGGCUGGCAUCUCACUACCUUGCUGUGAGACUCCCCGCUGAAAUCACUCUGCCACACAAUGAUUAUCCACGGCCGACAAUAUUCUCACUUGCAUCGUCCUACCAUCAUGGACAAGUUGGAUUCCCAGGGACAUCUCCUUUACCUGUCGAUGCACUUGAUCGCCAAUACGGACAUAUUCCGCACCCAAGACCUCUGUUCUUAGACAAGCCACUAUCAUCAUUCAGCAAGGAGGAAUCCAACAACUACAGUGCAUUUCUCGAGGGUGUGUGUUUGCUAGCUUACAACAUAGUGUGGUUAUGUCGCACACAAGGAAUCCCGGUUGGCGACAACAGCAACAGUUUCGAAGAUUUUACGUACAUGGGACGAAAUCUCUACAACUUACUUAACGGAUCGUCGUUGCAACGUAAUCAGCCUGGACAACCGAUUAUCGAUGCCAAUACGCCCCCUCCUACCCACGCUGGUGAUGCGGCUACUGGUGAAAACGACGAUAUUACCAAGUCUGCGCCCAAAAUGGGACUAUGGUCUCACGGUGCGGCGCAUACUUCCCUUAACAGCACUACUGGACAAGAGUUUACCAGAUCGUUUAAACUGCCCAAUCCCAUCAAACUUGCGGACAAGCUCAAAGCUCGUUUGGCCCAGGAGGUUCCUGUACCGGAAUGGGAGCUCAUCGAGGACGAUGAGUUUGGUCCAAACGAUCUCGAUGAUGGAGUGUUGAUCGGAGGCACGCCACAGUCGAGAUCGAGGAAUCCGAGAUUUGGACUGGAAAGCUAUAUGAGUGUGAACACCGUUAGAAGCCACGGCUCAGCUGAUGCGAGGUCUUCUCUGGCUGCUGUUAAUGACGCUGCCACGAAGAAUAGAGAAAGGAGCUCGAAUGGUUGGACCAAGAUAAAACCCAGAUAG